CUCCUGUCUACCCCACAGCCGCUUUCUUUCUUUCUUUCACACCUGUCACCACUUUCCUCUUCUUUGAGCUUGAGAUUCUGCGAAGUCCGAAACGCCUGGAAACCCCAUCAAUAUUAGACCUAAUAGAGAGCCCAUCAACAUUACAGAAAAUAGCAGCUGAGAAACAAAUAAAGAAAGGAAAGAGAAAAAUCUUAGCUUGGAAAUGGGAUCUAGAGGUAUUGGAAACCUUGUCAAAGUGAUCUUCCAGAACUUUGAUGUGCUCGCUGGGCCUGUGGUUAGUCUGCUCUACCCUCUGUAUGAGUCAAUCAGGGCUAUAGAGACCAAGAACCCCGUCGAUGAUCAGCAAUGGCUUACCUACUGGAUUCUGUACUCCAUGAUUACACUUUUCGAGCUCACAUUUGCCAAACUUAUUGAGUGGAUCCCGAUCUGGUCAUAUGCAAAACUAAUCGUAACAUGCUGGUUGGUCAUACCUUACUUUAGCGGGGCUGCAUAUGUGUACGAGCAUUUUGUUAGGCCAUACAUAGUUAAACGAGAAGCUAUUAACAUCUGGUAUGUGCCACGGAAGAAGGAUGUCUUCAGUAAACGUGAUGACAUUCUAACUGCAGCAGAGAAGUACAUUGCGGAGAAUGGAUCCCAAGCAUUCGAGGAGAUGAUUCGCAAGGCUCAAAGAGAACCGGAGUCCAGGAAUAGCAGGUACGUGUUUUAUGACAACGAUCACAGAGAUUGAGCCAUUGAUACACGAGUGCUUCUGCAGAUGCCCUUGCUGCUCCUCGGUGGGGGAUAGUAGUCUAGUGUUGUAAAAAGGUUUCUAUGUAACCCCGACAGUUUAAAGUGUCGCAAACUAGGAUAUUUCCCUCGGAUCGAUCUCAAGAACAUGUGUGUAUGCACAUUAUGAAAUGCUACUGAUAGUUGUAUGCACAAGAACUACUUGGAUUCAUGUUUCAAAGGCUUAGAUCAACUCUUAAAUGUUCAUCACAUUGAACUAGAAAA